CGCGUCGUUGUUGUGUGUGCACAAACGACGCAACUCGGUCGGUCGGUCGGUCGGUCGGUCGGUCGGCUCAUUGAAUUAUCGAGAUUCAACAAUGGCUAGCGUGGGAGUGGUAAGAGGAGCAAAAGAGGGAGUAACGAUGAUGAGGGACGGUGAGGACGAGAUGCAAUUGUUUGAGAGGAGAGACGGGGCGAGCAGAGGCCGUGUCAGACGCAUAGAGAGGCCUGACAAGGCGGAGAUGGAGGCAGAGAUCGUGAGAUUGAACGAAUCGAUCGAUGGUUACCAAGCACGUAUUCGCGAGAUCAGGGGAUUGCUAGAUGAGAAGCAAGGCAGUCGGCAGAGCACCUCUCAGGAGCUGCAAGAAGCGAGAAAUCGUCUGGCUCAGAUUGCGUGUCAGUUCAAAGCCGUGGUGGACCAGAAGAAGGCGCUCUGGGAAGAGAUCGAGAUAGCCGACGGAGCACGAGAGAACAUGAGGAAUCAAGCGAAGAGAUUGAAAGAGAAACUACCUUUUGUGUCUGUAGCGGAGAUUGAUGAGGAGAUAAAGAAGAUGGAGACGAAGAUGGGUCAUACCAGGCUGAGCGUUGCUGAGGAGAAGCGGUUGUUGAUGGACAUUCAGAACCUGAGGAAAUCCAGAAACUUCGUGGAGGAGUACUACAACGAGAGGCUGGGCAAGCGAAACAAAGAGGAAGACAAGGCUACAAGGGCCGAGUACCUAGAGAGGAUCAAUGAGAAAGACAAAUUACUUGACCAGUUGAGGGUUCAGCAGCAGAAACAACGAGAGCUUUUGGCUGCCAUCAAGGCCAGGGAGCAGUCGCAGAGUGUGGACAUACCUUCAUUGAUAGAAGAGAGAAAUGAAUUGUUCGACUUGAUUCGGCAGUCCCGGGAGCAGAUACGUCAGGUGAGGGCAGAGUUCUGGAGAAGGGAAGAAGAGUACUACCAGAGAGAAAGGGAGCUGAGGCAGCAGGUGCAGGAGGACAGAAGGAGACAGUUCUUGCUGCGAGAACAGAGGCGGAGGGAGGCGGAGCAGAGGAGAAGGGAUAGAGAGGCAGAGUUCUAUGUAGAGCCGUACACGGACGAGAUCAUUCAGUGUGACCAGCUGAUGAACUACAUGCAGAAGCUGUUGCCCCCCGAUCAUCAUCUUCAUCUUCCUCUUCAUCAUCAUCACCAUCACCAUCAUUCCACUACCGGGGCAGCAUCGGACAUUGGUAGGGCGGUCAAAUCGUCAGCAACGAGUAUGGGAACGAAUGCAACCACGACGAAGGGCGCCGUGGCAAGUCUGCCCACGACUGCUGCUACGCUGGUUGCACCUGAAGGAGCGGUGAUCAUUGGCUCUAAGAAGAACCAGGACCUGGAACUGGAUGGCUGGUUUAGUGGCGUGGGAGGCGGGAAAAAGGGAAAGAAAGGGAGGGCAGCUGCAGCAUCAGCAACACCAGCAGAUUCCCGUUUGCCUGCGGCGGCCAUCUCCAAGUCGAAGACUACUGAGAAGAUCUCCCUCUCUCUCCACGCCUUGUCUUCGUUAGAGAAGCUAUCUAUAGACCCUCCCACAACCGUCAAAGAUCUGGCAAUCGCCAUCAACAAGCUGAAGGAAAAGAGAGCCCUCUAUGAGCGAUUACAGAAGGGAGGAGUAGGAGGAGGAAGAGAAGAAGUCGUAAUAGGAGGAAGAGAAGCAGCAGCAGCCGCAGCAGCCGCAGCAGCAGCAGCAGCAGGAGGAGGAGGAGGAGGAGGAGGAGGAGGAGGAGGAGGAGGAGGAGGAGGUGGUGGUUCACCCACCAACGGUACCAGUCACACAAUGGAUGACGUCACGGAUUAUUCCUCUGAAGAUUCCAACGGCUCAGCGAGUCCGAGAUUAGCCUGGUCCAAGGGAACCGCCAGUCGUGACGAUGAGGAAGGGAAGGAUGGACACUUGUGGUUAACCGCUGACGGCGAGCUUGAGGACAACCCGGGCAACCAUCCUGUCUCGCUCACCGAUGAUUUCAGCGACUACCAGCAACGGCCCGAUGCGGACGAUGAACAAACUCCAUGCACAGUUGAGGACGACGACGUCCAACCUGACGACAACGCAGUUGAAAUGGACCCUGUCUGCAUCGAAAGGCAACAACCCGAAGUCAGAGAGGGCGAGGACGGUGUGGAGGAAGGGAUGGGGAGAGAGAAGGGGGAGAAGGGGGAAGCGGGGAGAGAGGAUGCUGAGGAGGGUGAGGAGGGUGAGGAGAAUGGAGAGACUGAGAAAGGUGAAGACAAUGCGGAAUCCGAUGCUCACGCCACGCCGAUCUGUCUAUCCUCCCCUGUUCCGAAUUAUGACGAUAACGUGGAGAUGGCGAAGACGAAGAAGGCUGAAGAAGAACUUUCCCACGGACUUUCCUCGACCCCAUGGAGUCCAUCAAGCGAACGACGAUCGUUAGAUCAUCAUGACGACGACAGCCGUCAAAACAUGGACGCUGGCGAUGCCAAGACUACCUCCAAAUCCUUCUCCUCCUCCGCCUGUUCCUUGUCGUCGUCGUCUUUGAUGAAUGGGAGUUGUAGUGCCCUCUCCGCAGACGGUUGAUGCAGUUGAGCUCUCAAAGUUGAGUUCUCUCGUCGACGUUCGUUGGGCUCUGAAAG